AUGACACAACCCAAAAAGACCAUCGCCGUCGUCAACGCGACCGGUCGCCAGGCCGCCUCCCUCAUUCGCGUCGCGUCCGCCGUCGGACACAGUGUGCGCGCGCAGGUUCAUUCCCUCAAAGGCAUCAUCGCACAGGAGCUCGAAAGCCUUCCCAAUGUCACCCUCUUCCAGGGCCCCCUCCUCAACAACACCGAGCUCAUGGACACCCUCUUCGACGGCGCCAAUCUCGCCUUCAUCAACACCACCUCCCAGGCCGGCGAUGAGGUCGCCAUCGGCCGCGCCCUCGCCGACGCCGCCAAGCGCGCCGGCUCCAUCCAACACUACAUCUACAGCAGCAUGCCCGACCACUCCGUCCACGGGCCCUGGCCGCCCGUGCCCCUGUGGGCCCCCAAGUUCACCGUCGAAAACUACAUCCGCCAGCUCGGCCUCCCCGCCACCUUUGUCUACACCGGCAUCUACAACAACAACUUCACCAGCCUGCCCUACCCGCUCUUCCAGAUGGAACUCAUGCCCGACGGCUCCUUCGAAUGGCACGCCCCCUUCGACCCGGACACCCCGCUGCCCUGGCUCGACGCCGAGCAUGAUGUCGGGCCCGCCCUGCUGCAGAUCUUCAAGGACGGGCCCAAGCGAUGGAACGGUCAUAGAAUCGCAUUGACCUUUGAGACCCUCUCCCCCAACCAGGUCUGCGCGGCCUUCUCGCGCGCCCUCGGUCGCCCUUGCAACUACGUGCACGUGCCCCGCGUCGAGAUCAAAGUCAGUAUCCCCCCGGGCUACCGCGAGCAGCUCGAGGCCAUCGAGGAGGUCUUUGGCCGCUGCAACGCGCCCUACUUCCCGCAACCCGAGUUCUCCCGCCCCGCCGCCGGCUCGCCCAAGGGCCUGGGCCCCGCCAAUGGCAAGGGCGCCGGCGCCGGCAUGAUGCAGGGGCCCGGCGGCGUUAUCUCGCUCCGCGUGACCGACGAGGCGCGCCAGCUGUGGCAGGGCUGGCGCGACAUGGAAGAGUACGCGCGCGAGGUGUUUCCCGUCGAGGAGGAGGCCAACGGGCUGGACUGGAUGCUGUGA